AUGUUUCUGAGAACACUCGUUCGAGCUGGCGUUACGCUAUUACUAGCAGCUAGCAUAUCCAUAACUCACGCCGUCUCUGUCACGGUUGUCGAGGACAAUCUUGAUUCUCCGAAAGUAGAGCACGUCAGGAUUCAAUCCGACGCUCACAAUGCAACUGGCAUUCGUUAUGUCACGAACUCAGGAAUAUGUGAAACAACUCCAAAUGUUGCCCAAAUUUCUGGUUACAUUGACAUUGGAACAAACAUGUCCAUGUGGUUCUGGUUCUUCGAGUCUAGAAACACACCGGAAACAGCUCCAUUCACUCUAUGGUUAAAUGGCGGCCCUGGAUGCUCUUCUAUGAUCGGAUUGUUCCAAGAAAACGGGCCAUGCUUUGUGAAUGCUGACGCUAAUUCCACAACUCUGAACCCCUACAGCUGGAAUAAUGUCAGCAACAUGAUCUACAUUGAUCAACCAAUUGAAACAGGGUUUUCUCACGGUGAUGAUGAGGCAAACAGCACGCAAAGCGCUGCGCCCUUUGUAUGGACUGCAUUCCAGGUUUUGUUUGAAAACAAGCUGUUUUCGAAAUAUGCCAGUCGAGAGUUUAUCUUUGCCUCAGAGAGUUAUGGUGGUCACUACGUACCCGGCUUUGUGACCUACUUCGAACAGCAAAACGCCUUAAUCGCUAGCGGGAAGAUUCACGGUGUUCCGAUUUCUGUCAGCGCCCUGAUGAUUAACAACGGCUGGUUUGAUCCGCUCAUUCAUUACGUCUCAUACCUAAACUAUACGACCAAUGCCCCUGGCUAUGGACAGCUCCGGCCAGAUGACGUGCUCAAGAACAUUUCGAAUGGCCUCUACGGUCCUGAUGGUUGCGUGGCGCAAGAGAAGGCCUGCUACGCUGCUGGAAAUUCCGCUGAAUCAAACAAAAUUUGCCGGCACGCCGAUAAAUACUGCAUCGAAAAUGUCUACUGGCUUGCUGUAGACGAUUAUGACCCAUAUGAUAUCCGUCAAAAUUCAUCUGCUCCAUUCCCCCCUGAAUACUAUGUGGAUUAUUUGAACAAAAAGGAUGUCAUGGCGAAGAUCGGUGCUGAGGUUCCAUACGACGAAUGCCCCACCAAACCCUAUCAUAAAUUUAUCAAGACAGGCGACGAAGCUAGAACAUGGCUACCCCAGCUAUCUGCUCUGGCCGACUCUAAGAUGAAGAUUUUGAUUUGGGCUGGGGAUGCUGAUUUGAAUUGCAACUGGCUUGGGAGCCAAGCGACAAUUCUAGCAAUGGAUUGGUAUGGUAAUAAGACGCUCCAUGAUACCCCAUUAACCAAUAUGACGAUCGACGGCACGACUGUUGCGGCCGUGCAGAACGUCGAUAACUUCUCAUUUGCACUGGUGUAUAAAGCGGGACAUGAAGUGCCUGCCUUCCAGCCCAAAGCAUCUUUGGAGAUCUUCUCGCAGAUUAUUCGUAAGGAGCAACUUCACUCUGUCUAAAGAGUGAAUUUGGAAGUACACGUCGUGAAUCUAGUUAGACUUUGUAGUACGAAGGUUUGGCAACAGGGGCUUCAGUGAGAGUGUUAGACACGUAGUCCAUAGAUAGAGCCAUGUCUUGCCACCAUAGCAGUCUGCUUGGUUGGUUUGUUGUUUUGCA